CCUAUAUCGAGACCUUGUUUCGGUGGCUUAACUUAUAUUCUGCCAGAUUUUGAAAUCCUCUACUUUCUUUCUGUAUCCUUCUUCCAAUCCAUCAAGAAGACCACCCUCGCCCAUCAUGGCCUCUCUCGUCGACACUUUGACUGCCUCUGGAGGCACAGAAUCCGCAGGCUUCCUCAACGACAUCAUCGCCCAGCUAUGGCCCAACAUCAACGUCGCCGGCGGCAAAAUCAUCAAGCAGGUGGUUGAGCCCAUGCUCGCUUCCAUGCUCCCCGGCCCUCUCUCGACGCUACACUUUGUCAAGCUGGACUUUGGGCCCACCCCAAUUCGGUUCUCUCACGUAGACGUUCACAAGACGGAUCUCGAAGGCAUCAAGCUUGACAUGGACUUGGAAUGGGACGGCCGGUGCGAUUUCGAGCUCGAAGGCACAAUGGUGCCCAAAGUGGGAAUCGAGCACGUAAAAUUGAAGGGAAGACUGUCCGUCUUGCUCUGCCCCUUGACAAACAUCAUCCCUUUGAUUGGAGCCGCCCAGAUCGCAUUCAUCAACCCACCGACUCUUGAACUCGACUUCACUGACGCCGCCAACCUCGCCGACUUUUCCGUCAUAGACAAGGCCGUUCGCAAGGUCAUUCUCAACAUCAUUGCUUCCAUGGCGGUCCUGCCCAACCGCUUCCUCGUCAAGCUCGACGCUUCCAACGACUACUUCAAGACCUUUCAACGCCACCUCGGUGUCAUUCGCCUCACGAUUGGCGCCGCUACCGGGAUAACAGGCCCAAAGAAGAGCGGAGCCAAGCGACUACUGGAAAAACUCGUCAAAGACAUUCCUGACUGCUAUUGCGAAGUCAACGUUGGUGCGGAGGGGGAGUGGCGCACUUCGACCCAGAAAAACAACCACGAGCCAGAGUGGAACGAGACACACGACUUUCUCGUCACAGAUCACGAACAAUGCAUCACUAUCGACAUGCAGGACGACGACGUGGGAGGUGACGACGACAUUGGCAUCGCUACCACGACAGUCAAGCAGAUUCUUUUGGCCGGUGGCACCCAGGAGCUCACUCUUGUCCACAAAGGCCAACCCACCGAAAGCAAGCUGACAGUGCAUGCCAAGUUCUAUAACUUCAUUGGCGAUUCUGACAGUAUUUCGGCCGCCGGGAGCGAAAGUGAAGGACAAAUCUGCGGGCUUGCCUCUGUGCUCAUUGCUGGCGUCGUCGGACUGACAGGUCAACGCGACGAGCUCAACCCGAGCGUCAAGGUAUCAUGGGGCGACAAGGAGUUUGUCACGCCUGGCAAGACUUACAGCCCGGGGACAGACAUUUUCAACCCAGCCUUUGAUACAGCCUUUCGGUUCCCCAUCACGGCCGACAUGAUUGCCAACCGGCCCAGUUUUAAGCUGACACUGAUGAACGGGACGGUGGAGGCAGGGAGCUACGAGGUUCCGUUCGCAAGCGUGGCGGGUGCUCACGGUAUGGACCUCGCGGAGGAAUUCGACGUCGGGUCUGGUGCGGCGGUGAGGGCUCACGUUUCACUCCGCGGAUUGCAGCUGGCCCAGUGACUCCGAAGAGAGCAUAUAUUCAGCCCCUGAAGAAUAACGUCAAAGGGCAAAAUUUAUCAGUAUGGACGUAGCGAGCAAUGGACUACUCCUUUUCUCGCAUCCGCAAAAUUUCAACCUCACUGUAGAUUCUCUGGUUCCCACGCAUGGCGAAAGUGUUGCAUAGGUCCUCGGUCGCCAUAAUUCAGCCAGCUCCAGGAGCAGGAUCUGCGCCGAGUGAGCGCAGGCUGACGAGCGCCAUAUCCCAUGCUGCCAAAGCGGCGGUAGGUUGUGUCAAGAUUCGGGUUUGGAAACAGAUUUCACUUGACACGGGAUCCAAACUGGGGCUGGUGGAAUAUAAUUUGGUUUCUACACUCCCUAUAUAAAUUCACAAUCGAUCAAUACACUUGCUAAGGCCUUGCAUAAA